AUGACCUCGCAGGAGCUUGUCAACAAGUUGCAGUCUCUCGAUCUAUCCACCACAGCAUCGACAACGCCGGACACUGCCUCUUUGUUGGCUCAUUUGCGGCUACUCCUCACGUUUGAGAAACUCAAACAACAAAUUGGCUUCACAGAUGGCCUGUGGGAUAUAUGGGACAAUCGAGCAGCAUCAGCUGACAACUCGUUGGAGGUCCUUGUAAAGCUUCGCGAGAAGCGGUGGGCCAUUUACAUCGCUCGGGCAGUCGACCGGUAUGAGGAAUGGUGGAAUAGUUUACCUCACGAUAUGCUGUUCGAGAAGGACAUGAUGCGUGGAACAGAAUGUCGCCCAGAAAAGUAUGUCAAGUUUAUGGAUGCAAAGCCGAUUCCCUGGAAGAUGGAGAUGCUGCCACCAAUUGAUGUAUUGUUAAUCUGGCAUUCACACAUGCUGAAUCCAAGAGUAUACCUGGAAGACUGUCUUCGAUACGGGCUCGGGGGUCUUUGGGUUAGCGGAAUGCCUUGGCAACUCGUCAAUGCCACCAUUGACCGAACAUUUACGUAUUCAGUCAACAAAGAAUGCAAGUGUGGUUGGACAAGGAGAACAGAGCGGCAGUGGGAUAACACCAAGGAUCCUCUGCAGAAACUCGUAGACUGCCGUGGCUGUGACGAGGAAUUUGCUAUCCCUUGGACAACUUGUGGGCUGCCAAAGGACUACAAUGGACAAGAACGCCCCGGUCUUGCUGGAGAAGGAUAUGGUGACGGCCAACUAAGCCAACGCUGUCCAAGUUGCCAAUUCAAACUAUCACACGAUGCCCUUCGACUCGAGAAAUUCCGCGAUGACAUCUGUCAUCUAGUAAAAGAAGGGGUGGUGCUACCUGGAGCCGUGCUAGACCGUCAUUCUGGUCUACCAGGACUGCUCUCUGACAAGACCGACAGCCGCUUAUUUCCCAGCUUUCUCAUCAAAAAGAUAUCCACAGAACUAUCACAGCAAUUAAGACCUACUGCAAGUCGUAAAACAACCAUGGCCACAGUUCGGGACAAAGUAGCCAGUCUUUUAUCAGACCAAAUUCCAUCAGAGGCGCAGCACUACGCAAAGAGUAUGCUGAGUAGAUACUGGCAAAACUCGACAUUUUCUGGCCUCGACUUGCACGGUGCUACGAUGCGACUAGCGAUUUUCACACAGAACGCAACGAGAAUCAAUUGGCUCGAGAAGAGAUCUGGUUCUACUAGAGUGGACCUGCUCUCGACCAGAUACGCACGUUUCAUGGACUUGCAAGCUGCUCACCCCGAUCGUGUUGCGAUUCCCACAGUAGACAUUGACUUGGCGUGGCAUACACACAUCUUGGGUCCAAGGAGCUACGCAGCAUGGACAGUGAAGAAAAUGGGUUCCAUCUUAGAUCAUACUGAUAACAUGGACGAAACUCUGCUAAGCACUUCUUUUGAAUGGACAUGCCAGGCUUAUAUGGCCAAGUACUCGGCUCCAUACUCGGAGUGCAUAUGCUGGUACUGCGAAAGCGUUAGAACGCUGAAUGAUGAGAACAAGCUAGAAGUACUACACUCAUCCAGUGCCCAAAGAAACUCUUCUCCUUCCAUCCACAUAUCCUCUCACCCUGCUGUGAAAACCAUCGAAACUCCCCAGGACCAAGAAGCAGCCCAUCAGCGAAGUCACGAGCAUUGGACACAACUCCUCGAGGCUUAUGCCAAGGCCCAAAGGAAGGCAAUCAACUCCGCUCAGGGACCAGAUCGAAUGGGUCGACGAGGAGCAGACGUGUUCAAGUUCUGGGGAAAGAAUUUCCAGCUUGAGAGUCCGGCGGUUAGUGCCCUGGGUGUGGUGGCAAUGGGUGUCAUGUAUGCUGUUCCUCCGGGCGUAGUGCAGAGUAUGGGCCUGAAUAUUGAAGAUGAUGAGGAAGAGGAUAGUGAUUCUGAGUAG